AUGCCAAAGAUCAAUCACGUUGUUAUUGUUGGAGCCGGCCCAUCUGGUCUUCUCCUGGGCACCUUGCUCGCUCGGAACCUAGGGAUCAAGGUUACCAUACUCGAUGCGGAUACCAAGAUCAACGACAAUCCUCGAGCAGCCCAUUAUGCUCCAUCUGCUGUCUUCGACUUUCAUCGAGCAGGAAUCAUUGACGAUGUACGCAAGGUCGGGUUCUCGCCUACAGGCGUGUGUUGGAGACUGGCGGACACGACCUUCUUAGCCGGUAUGGGACGGGAACCAGAUAAUUCGAAAUAUUCCAUGGUCGUACUUCCACUCGAUCGGCUAGGCCCAAUUAUUGUUAAACACUUUGAAAGCUACCCCAAUACCGAGAUCUUGUGGGGUCACAAGCUUGUGGGUAUAGAACAAGACGCGAAUGGAGCAACAGCUGUGGUCGAGACCAGUGAUGGACAGAAGAAAAAGAUCACAGGGGACUAUCUGGUGGGAGCUGACGGUGCUUCAAGUGGUGUCCGCACCGCGCUUUUUGGCAAAGAAUAUCCAGGAGAAACACUGAGACAGCAAAUAGUGGCAACAAAUGUCUACUUACCUUUUGAUGAACGGUUCGGGUAUUGGGACUCAAAUUUCAUUGUUCAUCCGACCGACUGGUACAUGGCUGCAAAGAUCACCAAGGAUGGCUUAUGGCGAGUAACAUAUGGCGACUCUGAGGACCUCUCUCGCGAAGAACUCAUCAGGCGUCAACCACUACGUUAUGAGCAGAUUUUACCGGGACAUCCUAAGCCAGACGAGUAUAAACUUGUCAGUAUGAGCCCCUACAAGCUGCAACAACGAUGCGCUCCCAGCUUCAGGGUUGGCAAGAUACUCCUAGUUGCUGACGCUGCUCAUCUCUGCAAUCCAUUCGGCGGCAUGGGCCUCACAGGUGGAUUCGCCGAUGUCGGUUCCCUGUACGACUGCUUCAUGGGCAUACAUCAGGACGAGCUGGAUGAGGACAUCCUCGACAAAUAUAGUGAAGAACGAAUCAGAAUCUGGAAAGAAAUGAUCGACCCGAUGUCAAGGGCAAAUUUCCAUCGUCUCUGGGACGACGAACGCAAACAAGAACGCGAGGAAUUCUUCAAGAUGUGCGAAAAGGCGAAUAAUGACCCUGUAUGGGGAAAGUCUGUCGCCGAGGCAAUCCAUCAAGUUCGACACGAUUUUACACAAUACUUCAAAAGUAAGCAAACGCCCAUGGCCAAGGAGGAAGGCGGCUUGGGGACAUCGCACGCAACUCCUGCGACCAACAGCGCAGCGGCAUAA